AUGCUCAACGAAUUGAACGAAGCAGGGAAGAGAAUAGGACUACGAAUAAACAGAAAGAAGACACAGUUCAUGAAGAACGCAUACUGCGAGGACGGACGAGUGCAACUUGAAGGCUCCCAAAUCGUGGAAACUCCGUCAUACGUAUACCUUGGACGUUCAAUGAACAUGGAGAACGACUUGAAGGAAGAACUAAGUAGAAGAAUGAGAGCAGCAUGGGCAGCAUUCGCAGCCGUCAGGGAAGCUACGGACCAACUGACGGACCAAGAUCUUCGUGCCCAUCUGUUCGACUCGACAGUCCUUCCAGCGCUCUGUUACGCAGCGGAGACGUGGGCAGACACCGCGGCCACGUCUAGGAAGCUACUUACCACCCACAGAGCCCUUGAGAGAUGUCUCCUGAAGUUUAACCGGCGCACACAACACCUAGCCGGUCUUCGUAGCUCCGACUUAAGAGGAAUGUCCCGUCUUCGCGACCCAGCGGAAUAUGUAUCGAAAGCAAAACAUAGAUGGGCCGGUCACAUCAUGAGAAGAAUCGACGAUAGAUGGACUAAAAGAACGCUAGAGUGGAUCCCAAGGGACGCUAAACGCCCCCGAGGGAGACCGCCAACGAGAUGGGGUGACGUGUUCGCUACACGGAUGGACCAGCUGAGAGUUCAGCUGGAUACGGCUCAAGGACCUCGUCAACGUCACCUACGAAGCUUGAGAACAUCUUGGAUGAUAAUGGCGAGGGAACGAAACGACUGGAAGAGAUGCUGGGGCCCGUACGUCCAGUGA